UAAAUCCGGUCGUGGCAACGUUCUCACAAAUUCUGUAUACUGCAAUCGUGUGCGACUCGGAGGCAACCGUUACGGCGCCCUUUGUUCCUUCUCCGACUCUGGAGAAGCCCGAAGCCCUAAUCCGUCAAUUUUUCCCCCAUCGAAAUGCAUGGAGGUCAGAUGCUCAUAGAGGAGCCCGUUCGUCUCGCCUCAGUUCUGGCGCCAUCGAAGCCCGGGUUCUUUCUAACCAAGAUUGUUGGAACCCUUGGGCCAAAAUCACGUUCUAUUGAAGUGAUUGAGGGAUGUCUUUUAGCAGGAAUGUCAGUGGCACGCUUCGACUUUUCGUGGUUGAGUGCUGAUUACCAUCAGGAGGCACUUGACAAUUUGAAGACUGCAAUGAAAAAUGUGAACAAGCUAUGUGCAGUUAUGCUGGAUACUGUGGGUCCUGAACUCCAAGUUCACAAUACAACUGGCAACCCCAUUGAAUUGAAAGCUGAUGCGCAUGUCCUUCUAACUGCAGACUUAUCAAAAAUUCCAUCCAAGGAGAUUUUGCCUAUAAACUUCCCCGACCUAGCUAAGAUAGUUGAUGGGUUACGAGGAGAACUCACAUCCAAUGGGCCUUACAGAGGAAAUCGCCCAAGAAACAUCAAGCUCCACCCGCCUGGGCCUACGAAGGAAGUUCUUUCCUCCCAGAGGGAAAUGGAGGAUCUCAUGAACUAA